AUGAAGUGCACCCUUUUGAUAUCCGCCGCCGCGUGUACUGCGGCAGGCUUUAUUGUGCCAGGACAGAAUUAUAUGAAGCCUUUCAUAGACUCAGUGCCCCCAACUGCAUCCGAACGAGUCCCGGACAACGGUGACGCUGAAAACAAUAUUGUGUCAUUUACGUCGUUUACCGAAGAGAUAUCAGAUAACGUGGAAUUGUCCUCGAUCUCGGCACUUCAUCAUCCACAACUACAGCAUCAGGCGGGGCCGGAAGACGAUACACAAAGUUAUGUGGAUGGGCUCGACUAUGAGAACUGGGGCCUGGGAAACCCCAGCCUAUUUGGUCACCAUGGCCAUUGCGAACAUCCUGACAAAACAACCUACCAGUUAAUGAGUUCAAAGAAAGAAACAUCCCUUUUUGCAAACAUCAUCUCCCAGUUUGAGGAUAUUGUUGACCUACUUAACUCCACAGAAAAAAACCAUACAGUCUUAGCCCCAAGGACCCAGUCACUGGAAAAGGUUGUGAAUUGCCAUCCGCCAAAGGAAUACGUGAAAAAAUUCGUCCAAUAUCACAUCUUAGAAGAGCCGAAAACAUUAAGCGGGAUAUUUCACACCAGAACGAUCCCCACCCUUCUAGAGCAAGACGAGUUAGGGGACCAUGCUCAAAGAAUUAGCACCCAAUUCGGCGUCACCGGGCUGACAAUCAACUAUAUCUCCCGUAUAGUUAAGCCUAACCUGUGCGCGAAGAAUGGAUUUGUCCAGGUUCUCGACCAUUUCUUAUUACCGCCUUUCCAAUCAUCUGAUACACUGAGCUUUAUUCCUUCUGUUUUCAGCUCAUUUGAUUUUGGCUUAAUGAAAACCGGCCUCUAUAAGAGAAUCAAUGAUACCUGCAACCAUACCGGAGGCACUUUCUUUGCACCGACUAACAUGGCGUUCCGCAAACUUGGACCAAGGGUUAACGCUUUCCUGUUUAGCCGUUGGGGAGAGAAAUACCUAACGGCGCUCUUGGAAUACCACAUCGCCUUUAACCAUACACUGUACUCUGAUGCCUAUCAUCACCCGAAGAAGGACGAAGAUGAUAGCAAGACCAUCCAUGUUGAUCUGCCAACGCUUCUCGAACACCACCGUUUGAGCGUCGAUAUCGCGGGUUUCAAUCGCUUCGCGACCAUGAAGAUCAACGGCUUCGUCACGGUUGCGAGUUCGGAUGUGAUUACCAGAGAUGGCGUGAUUCAUGUCCUGAAUGAUGUCUUGAUUCCACCAAAACACCCGCGUCACAGCGGUAAUCCUCAUAUUCCACGGAGUGAAGUUGAUGACUCUCCCGUACCAACAGUCGAAGAUAUUAUUGAAAGGCUCAAUCCUUAUAUCAAAGACCAUUAA